AUGUCUUCAGAGCUCGGAGGCUCUUCCACGCAGGCCUUUUGGGCCGGAACCUCAUACCUCCUCGCAUCCACAGUCUUGAUGCUCAUCUGGGGGACGUUGAGCGAUGCCUUUGGCCGACGAAUCAUCAUUCUUGCAGCUCUACUAGUGUUCGCUCUUGGCACGAUCCUCUGUGGCGUUGCACCCUCUUGGACAAUGAUGCUAGCCGGCCGGACUGUGCAAGGCGUCGGUGGAGGAGGCAUCGUCUCACUCACAACGAUGCUCGUCACGGACAUGGCGCCGCUACGAGAACGUGCUCGCCUAUAUGCUCUUAUCGCCUGCAUUUGGACUGUCGGCAGUGCAACAGGGCCAAUCAUCGGUGGCAGCCUUUGCAAGACGAACACAUGGAGAUGGAUUUUCUGGAUCAACCUCCCCAUCAUCACCAUCAGCUUCACCGGCAUUGCCUUGUUCCUGCGUCUCUCACAAAAACCCCGAAGCCUGUCAGAAAAGCUGCGUCUGUUUGACUAUCCCGGCUCGCUGCUAUUCAUUGCCUCAACGACGACCUUCCUGAUAUCAAUUACCUGGGGCGGCACCCAAUAUCCUUGGUCGGGGUGGCAAACCCUUGUCCCUUUGAUCCUCGGCGUUAUAGGCAUUGUCCUAUUCGCCAUAUAUGAAUUUGGCAUUUCUUCAUCCAAGCUGCCGCAAGCUCGUCUCAUUCCUUCAUCCAUCUUCGCCAACCAAUCAGCCUGCAUCGGCUACGCGUCGAGUACUGUGCAUGGUAUGGUUGCAUACAGUUUACUAUAUUACAUGACAGAGUACUUCCAAACCGUCAAGAUGUACAGCCCCGUCAUCGCUGGUGUCGCAAGCCUUCCCCAGAGUUUGACAACUGCUCCAUGUGCGGUUGUCGUCGGCAUCAUCGUCGCCGGGACUGGCAAGUACAGGUGGGCAUUGUGGGCUGGCUGGUCUCUCGUUUGCUUGGGAUGUGGCCUGCUCGUUCUCUUGGAGACACGCACAGCGGUUCCAGAAUGGAUAUUCCUGGGAGCAGUUUCUGGGCUGGGCCUUGGUCUCUUGUUUCCGUCCAUUAAUCUUGCCAUUCAGGCCUCUGUGCCUCAGCAGGAGGCUGGGAUUGCCUCAAUACUGGUACUUUUCUUUCGUUUGCUAGGUCAAUCACUGGGCGUUGCCAUUGGCGGUACUAUAUUCGACAACCAACUUCGAGCCAAUCUCAAAAUCAGUGGCGAAAACGCACCAUCAAGCAUCAUGGUAUUGAUGGAGAGGCUUCAUCAACUGGCGCCAGAUGAUCCAAUAUCUUUGGAUAUACGAAAUGCAUUAUCAAGGUCAUUUCGCGUAAUCUGGAUCGUCAUGUGCGCUUUGGCAGGACUGAGCCUCCUUUUGAGUUUCCUGAUGAAGGAGUAUGACAUGGAUCAAGAGCAUCAAUCAGAUCAAGUAUUUCUGCUCGAAGAUAUGGGUGAUCCGGCCCCAGGGACGGACGGAGAACAGUCGAGUCGUAUAUGA